AUGCUUAUGGGACUCUCCAGCCCACUGGGACUCGGUGUAUGGACAAUCUGGCUACUGUCGCUCGUUUCUUCUUCCUGGGCAUUCUACAUCCCUGGCUAUUCGGUCACUCGGUACAACGACAAUGAACCGAUUCCACUCCUCGUAAACAAGAUCUUCUCCGACCACACACAGUUACAAUAUGCCUACUUUGACCUCCCAUUUGUCUGUCCCCCGAGUGGUAAAACACAUGGUGGUUCUCCGUUCGGAUCUGGCAAGAGCAUUUCACUCAAUCUGGGUGAGGUGCUGCGUGGUGAUCGCAUCAUGACAUCCGAUUUCGAGCUUGCUAUGGGAAAGGAUGUUGAGUGCCAGUCGCUCUGCACGCGCGAAGUCAGUCGUUCUAAUGUGAAAUGGGCUCGUCAACUUAUCAAGGAGAACUAUGUGAUUGAAUGGAUCGUGGAUAACCUGCCUGGCGCAACAAGCUUUGUUACCGUCGAUCGAAGCCGCAAAUACUACGCCUCUGGAUUUAAGCUCGGCUACCGCGAUAUAUCCCCAGCCACUGGCCAGUCCCGCUAUUUUAUCAAUAACCACUUCACGAUCAUCAUCCGCUACCGUCGCGCACCGGAGGGAGGCAAGGUCAUUGUUGGCUUUGAGGUCUAUCCUAAAAGUAUUACGGCUGAUGACCGCAAAGAAAACGGAUGCCCCACGGACGUGCACAAAGAUCAUUCCGGACUUGGCUUGUACAUUGCUCCGGAUAUGUCGCGGCUGCAGGAGAAGUAUGGUGGUCUGUCUUACAUCCCAGAAGAAGAUGACGAAGAAGAAGACGAUGGAACCACCUUGAAAAUUCCAUACACCUACUCCGUUUACUUCCGCGAAGAGAAUAAGGUUGACUGGUCUAAUCGCUGGGACCUUUACUUCACCAACCAAGAGGAUGGCUCAAUGACCCACUGGCUAGCCAUCAUCAACUCUCUUAUAAUCUCCACCGUUCUUGGAGUAACUGUCUUUGUUAUCUGGAGUCGCACAGUACAAGGCGAUAUUAAGGGCCGAGGCGAUGGAGCUGCCGAUGACCGCAAGCAGAAGAGUCUGACCCAUGUGGAAAACGAUGCGGACAUGUCCUCUGAGGAUGAGUCGUUUGAAGAUUCCACCGGAUGGAAACUCCUUCAUGGUGAUGUCUUCCGUAUCCCAGCGUACAGCGGACUCUUGGCCCCGCUUGUUGGCUCUGGUAUGCAGCUUCUAUUUAUGACGACAGGACUGCUCCUCCUAAGCUGCUUGGGAAUCUUGAACCCCAGCUUCCGUGGCGGAUUCGUCAGUGUCGGCAUGGGCCUCUUUGUAUUCGCUGGAUUAUUUUCUGGAUAUUUCUCUGGGCGGCUCUACAAGACUUUCAGUGGGACUUCUUGGCGUAAGAAUACAUUGAUUACGGCCCUGCUCUUCCCUGGAUUGACAUUCUUUCUCAUGUUGAUAUUAAACCUCUUUGUCUGGGCUCAGGCCUCCAGCACGGCAAUGCCCUUCAGCACUUUGAUUGGCCUGCUUGCCUUAUGGCUACUUAUUCAAGUUCCUCUAGUAUACAUUGGCAGCUGGUUUGGGUAUGUGCGGGCCAGUCCUUGGGAGCAUCCUCUGAAGACCAACGCCAUCCCUCGCCAAAUUCCCAUCCAGCCAUGGUACCUGCGCAGCCCGACUGGUCCUCUGCUGACCGGUCUCAUCCCAUUCGCCGUGCUCUUCAUCGAGCUGCUAUUUGUUUUCAAGAAUCUUUGGCAGGAUAAGACCGGCUACUAUUAUGUCUUUGGAUUUCUGAGUGCUGUCUCAGCUGUGCUCAUGGUCACCGUAAUUGAAGUGACAGUGAUUGCAACAUACAGUCAACUCUGCGCCGAAAACUACCAUUGGUGGUGGUACAGUUUCUUGACUGGAGGAAGCAGCGCUUUUUGGAUAUUCAUCUACUGCAUAUGGUACUAUAUUUUCAAGCUACACGUCACAGGAUUUGUGUCCAGUCUGCUGUUCUUUAGCUACAGCUUCCUCUCCUGUGCUGUGUACGGCCUUUUGACAGGAACAGUCGGGUUCCUGACUGCCUACGCCUUUGUCCGGCGUGUCUACGGUGCAAUCAAAGUCGAUUGA